GCCAUGGACUUCCUUUUUACAUCUUUUGUCGCCUCGUAUAAAUCAUGGCUGACACUGCUACUCUCCGAACGAGAAAAUUUAUGACAAACCGUUUACUAAGCCGUAAACAAAUGAUUGUGGAUGUAUUGCAUCCUGGAAGAGCAACUGUACCGAAAACUGAAGUUAGAGAGAAAUUGGCAAAGGCGUUUAAAACCACUUCAGAUGUCAUCUUCUGCUUCGGCUUCCGAACUCAAUUCGGUGGUGGCAAAACGACUGGAUUCGCUUUGAUUUACGACAGCCUGGAUCAAGCUAAAAAAUUUGAGCCCAAAUUCAGACUCGUCCGACAAGGACAUAUGGAAAUUAAGAAAACUGCAAGAAAGCAGAGGAAGGAAAGAAAGAACAGACAGAAGAAAGUCCGUGGUACGAAGAAAGCGAAGGUCGGAUCAGGAAAGAAGUAA